CUCUGCUACAUCUAGCCUAGACACGGUUUUGCUUUGUGAAUCAUAUCAGCGUGUGAUUGAAGAUGUAUCUGUCUAUCGUCUCUGCACUGCUGCUGUUCGGUUUUCCGUUCAUCAAGACUGAUGUUGUAGAUUCAUUCAGUAAAUGCAGUCAGUUUUUUCUAGAAGGAAAGCCUCCCGUGAUUCCUGACAUUCUGAAGGAUUCAGCAGCACAGAACAGCAACCGCUACAAGCUGAUCUGCCAACAAUACCAGAACGCGGUCAGAUUCGCAACUCUCUACGACACAACCAAUAAAAUCCCCACCUUCUCAGCCUACAAAUACACUGGAAAAGGAAAUUUCACGAAGCCACACUCUCGAUUUAGGAUUGAGCCUGAGCUUAAAGAUGACCAGGCUAAGAACAGUGACUACAGGAACAACAUACAGAUGACCCGGGGCCACUUAUUUCCAAGCGGACACGCUGUUGAUCUAGAUACAGCCAAGUCUACAUUCACCCUGACCAAUGCCGUGCCACAGGAGAAGACAUUUAAUGAAGUCACAUGGAAUCAAAAGAAAAACAAUUUCAAAACCCACAUGGAUAAUAACUGUAUUAACGUCAAUAACAAGGUUGAGGCCUACGUGGUGACCGGAGUGAUACCUGGAGACAAAAAGCUGAACGACAAAGUGAACAUUCCCUCGCACAUGUGGAUGGCGUACUGCUGCUAUAACAAAAAUACCGGACUGUGGGACACCAAGGCGUACUGUGGCACAAAUGAAGAAAAGAGCACAGCUGCGUUUAACGGCGAAAGCCUGGCUGCACUACAGAAUUUUCUGAAGGAAAAAUUAAAGAAAAAUAAUGUACAGCUAUUUUCGAACAAAUGUAAAUAAGAGAGCUUCAGAAUCUUCUGUAUUAAUUUUGCAAUUGUCGUUCAAUUUUGGGCUGGCUGCAUAAACAACUAACACUAUGUCCUAACAACAGGCACGUGAUAAAAGGCACCUUUCAUUUUAAAAAGGAGGUUUUGUCCUGACCAUCAAAAAUGGCGAUGUGCAAAAUUUCUGUCAUGUCGCUUUUGGUGCAGACAGACAAAUUGCUUGUCAAUUGAAUCUUGUUACAUUGCGUAUUGUUAGAACACAGUGUGAGACUAGUCUUAAAAAGUUAGUCUUCAAUUUUUUAGCUCAAUGGCAAGCCAAAACAUUUUAAAGAGUUACAAGUAGGUUAACUGAUCUGAUUUGAACUCCAACAGCAAAAAUCCCUAUAUUGCUAUAAUAUUGUUGAUGGCGACAUGCAAAAUUUCUAUUUUAGAAACUGCUUUAUGUCCACAUUAUCUUAAUAACAAAUAAUAAUGUUAAUUGUAGGUCUUAUUAACCACAGCCUAACUGCUUAUUAGUCAAUUUGCUUUAAAAUGGUGGAUGUUUAUGCAACUGGUCUCUGAUGUUUUUUAGCUUAAAGAUGACUAGAAUCCAUAGCUUGCUCUGUAAUUCGUUUAUUAGCAUCUGCAUUGUAAACUACAAAAAACGUAGUGCGAGAUGUGUUAAAUGUGCAUGUUGAGUGUAAUCUGCCUUCUCUCUAAAUAAAGCUUUGUGCAAAUCACAA